AAUUUCUUUCGUAUUCAUAUGCGUUUGAAUUGAAGGUGUUACGAAAACACGAUAAAGAUUGAGUAAUUUGUAGUUGAUACGCGAUACGGGACAGGAUUAGGCUAAAAAUGAGGUUUAGUAUAAAGCGUGUGUAUAGGAGACAUCCAAAAAUUUCUAUAGUGAUAGUGUUACUGAUUAUGGUUUUAAUAUUACAUAAUUUCAUCAUUCAGUCACCAAGAACAAACUUUAUGGAAGUCGCAUCCUGGGAGUUGCAAGGGAAAAGCCUACCUGGAAACAGCACAUUUUCUUAUAUAAAAACAGAUGGCAUUGAGACGUACUUGUUGUCAGCUAUAGUCAGACCGAAAAUGAGCCAAAAUAUACAAAUUAUACUGAAUUCGUUAGAUUUUACUAAAGGGAGAGGUGCCUUCCUUUGUUGUCUGAUAUCUGAUAAAUCUUUAAUAGCUGUGCCAGCGAGUUUUCAUGAUAUACAUCGACAUUUUAUAACCAUGCCCAUUAUCACUCAAACGUUUUAUCCUGCCCCUUUUGAUGCCACUCAGUAUUUAUGUGGAGUUCCUGAAACUGAUUUAAAAAAUCCAGUGACAAAAGCAACUUUAACGUUAAGUGGUAGUUGUAGUCAUAAAAAGGAAGACUACCUCUCGGUUGUAUAUCCAAAACGUGUUUCCAAUGGUUUAGCCAUAUGUGCCAAGGUCGUUUGUGGAAGUAAACUCAACAUACCUAAACUAAUAGAGUGGUUUGAAAUGCAGAAACUUUUAGAUGUUGAUAAGAUAGUUGUGUUUGACUAUAAAUGUUCAUCUUCCGUUCAAAAAGUAUUCCAGUAUUAUAUAACAGAAGGGAUUUUGGAAGUGGUGCCAUUUUCACUGCCAGGAAAUCCGGAGCGAGGAUACGAUUCAAAGAAUAGAGUUUAUCCACAGUUUUAUCACGAUGAGGAGAUUACACUAAUGGACUGCCAUGAAAGAUUAUCUGGAUAUCAGUAUAUUUUAGUCAGCACAGUCGAUGACAUUCUACUCCCUCGACGCCAUUUUACAAUUAAAGAACUCUUGAAGAGCUUAACGGAAUCUCACCCGAAAUCUGGUGGAUUCUAUUUUCAAGUUCAGUCCCAUGUAGAAGAGUGGGAGAAAGAGAGUCGAGUUACUGGCAGUUAUUUUCAGCAAUAUUUAAAAUCAACCAAACCAACCUCUCAGUUUCCUACCUAUAUAUUCAUACACAAUAGAUCUCAUUCACCUAAACAACACAGCUUUAAAAACGUUUCACCAUAUCAAGAGCAUCAUGUAGAGCCAUCACUGGCCACCGUUCAUCAUUAUGGAAAAUGUCCAAGAGAAUGGAAAGAAUGUGUUCCAGAUGAAAUAGCGGACAAAACCGUGAUAAAAUAUAAGGAAGUGGUUUUAAAAAAUACGCAAACAGUAUUAAAUAAACUUUCAAUCCGAUCCUAGCCUGUGAACUUCAACUUUCAGUCCUUUUAAUUAUUGUCAGUGGCUUAGCGAGAAUUUCAUUGACAGAAGGGGUCAUCCCAGCGCUCAUUGAAUCAAUGUAUCGCGAUACGACAUGCCACGAUACGCGUCCUGUAUCGAUACUUGACAAUACCUUUUAUUCCAUAAAUAAGUGGGCAUUUUGUUUUAGGAUAUAACAGUUUUCUUCACUGAAAUAUCUGAGGUUGCCCGUAUAUACAUAGUUAUGAGAUUUUUGCCUGAAAACCAUGUCUUCGGCUCCGCUACUGGAAUAAAGGUAUAUUUUCGAUCUAGCUUUAACGUCGAAUGUAAACUUAAUAUAUUUCUAUAUUUGAGACAUUUGAUCAAACAUAGUCCCAUGAGAAUUUUUAUGUACACGAAACUAAAACACGAAAAUAUUGAAAGCAAUGUAAUUGAAUAUUUUAUUGUAUUCAGCUGUCAUUGAAUAUAGAAAUCAGCAUAAAUAUGUCACCCAUUUAUAAAUAAUUCAUAUUUUGUCAUUUUAUUAUACCUUUACUUCUAUUACCUACAUUAUUAAUUAAUCGAUUUCACGU